AUGCCGGGCGCCGCCGGCCCGCUCCCCCACCCGCAGGGCCGCGCCCGGGCCGCGCCCCAGGAGCGGCGGCGGAGGGUGGCCCCGCUGGCCGCGGCCGCGCCGUCCCGGGCGGGGGACGAGCCGCUCCUCAGGGGCAUCUUCGAGAUCGGCAAGAGGAGCUGCGACGUGGUUCUGAGCGCCCGGCGGCUCCGCUGGAGCCCCAUCCUGCCCGAGAGCCCCACAGGUGAUUCCAGUGUGGCUUUGCAAGUUCAGGAGGAGAUUAUUGAAAUGAAAGAUGUAUUUUCAGUAAAACUGAAACGUCGUCGUUUUGCAGGGCAGAAAAAAGGUGGUACUUUGUUGGGUAUCACAAUUUUUAAAUGCUUGAAUAAAGAAGAGAAUAAGCUUACAGACUGUGCUAUCCAUUUAAAUAACUUAAGUGAAGAUCAUUGUCAGUUAUGGUUUGGACAUCUGAAGGAAAUUUUGAAUGGCUUUCAAAACAGACCUAAAUCCUUGAAAGUGUUUGUUAAUCCAAGCAGCCACAAAAGAGAAGCCACUCAGAUUUAUUAUGAAAAAGUUGCACCUCUUUUUAAACUUGCUGACAUAAAAACUGAUGUCACAGUAACUGAAUAUGAAGGACAUGCUCUCUUAGUACUGAAAGAAUGUGAACUGCAGGCAUUUGAUGGGGUGGUUUGUGUUGGUGGAGAUGGAUCUGUCAGUGAAGUUGCUCAUGGGCUACUACUCAGAGCCCAGAUGGAUGCUGGGAAAGACACGGACUAUAUAUCAAAACCUGUCAGAGCACCAGUUCCUCUUGGAGUAAUACCAGCAGGUACUACAAAUAUUUUGGCCCAUACACUCUAUGGUAUUAAACAUGCAGUGACAGCGACAUUGCACAUUGUGAUGGGACACGUUCAAGCAGUAGAUGUGUGUACUUUCAGCACUCCAAGCAGGCUGCUGCGCUUUGGGUUCUCGGCCAUGUUUGGGUUUGGGGCGAGGACUUUGGCUUUGGCCGAGAAGCACCGCUGGAUGCCCUCCAGUCAGAGGAAGGAUUUUGCUUUCAUCAAAACACUGGCAGAUCUCAAGGCAGAGGAAUGUGAAUUAUCAUUUCUCCCUCUACAAACUGUGCAGGAAGACUCUCAUGAGAAGGAUGGAAAGAAGAAAGAGAGAACAAAAAAAGGUAGCAAGGAUCAAUGGCAGAAAAUUCAGGGUCACUUCCUGAAUGUGAGCAUUAUGGCAAUCCCUUGUCUGUGUUCAAUGGCACCAAGAGGCUUGGCACCUAAUACGAGGUUGAAUAAUGGAAGCAUGGCUCUUAUUGUUGUACAAAAUACUUCUCGAACAGAGUUUAUAAGGCAUCUGAAAAGAUACACCAGUGUAAAAAAUCAGUUCAAUUUUCCCUUUGUUGAGACCUACACAGUUCGAGAAGUAAAAGUACAACCAAGGCAGAAAAGUGGACCUGAUGCCAAGGAAAAUGUGUGUCUGAAUGCAGAAGGAAGCUACCCUUGGAAUAUAGAUGGGGACUUAAUGAAGGAAGCAUCAGAAGUUCAUGUUCGGGUGCAUCCUCAACUUAUUGAUCUCUAUGGAGUGAACACUGAUGACCUGGAGAGUUCCCAAGUGACGUGCAACUGCAUAUAGAAGGGAGACACUGGAAAUUCUGUAAUAAAGAAUUCUGUUCUCACCCCUAUGUACAGCUCUCCAAGGUCUGGACUUGUACUGAUGCAAGAAGCUUGUACUUGUACUGUAGCAGAAGCUUAAUAGGGAUGUUUGUUCUAUUUCUGGGUUUAAAUUCUUAUUAAAUUAUACAUUUUUAUCCGGUUCUGUUUAAGUAUAUCGAAGCUGUAGGCUUUAUUAGGCUUUAACAAGAAAAAAAUUGAUUAUAUUGGUCUCUUACAAAUCUGGGGUUUGAGAAGGGUCCAUCAGAAUAGAAGAAAUUUUUUUUUUUCAUUAGUCUAGAUUUUUUUAGAAUGAGAUACUUUUAAGUCUGCUGCUGCUAUCCGUAUUGUCAGGUAACUCAGUUCAACGCAGGGAAGAACCAUUGCUCUACUCACCAGCUCUAGAUGAAGAGUGGUGGCAAAAUAAAAAUAUAUGCAUUUAUUUUUUUAAUCAAGUACUUCUAUUUCUAGUUAUAAUAUUUAAUGUUGCCUUAAUCUAUUCACUCUCAAAAUGUUUCUAGUCAAAUAAUAUAAAAGAAUAUGCUGAUGUCCUAUAUGGCUUUCCUUUGUUAAAAUGUAUUUUAAAAACCACUGUGUAAAAUCAGUAUUUUCUCUAUCUUAGAACUGAAAUGUUAUUCAGCAUAGUUUCUGUUGCUGAGACUAAAGUUGUGAUAAAUAAUUUAGAGUUGACUUAAAGUUUUAUUAUUUCCUUGCGUGUUUGUUUCUUUUGGUAAUUUACUUAAUAUUGAAGAAAAUUUCAGAGGACAGCAGAUUAAGACAAUUUUUUCUGGGAACAGGCUUCCUUUGAGAUGAGAAGUAGCAGACCAUGUUUUUGUGUUUGCAGGAGCAUGGGUAAGGAAUGUUUUCCUGGUCACUCCUCUAGGAGUCAUUCAGAAGGCAGUGCACAAAUCCUGUGCAAGCUGCAUUGGGUCAGGGCAAGAAUGAGUUGUUUUAGGUGCUUUCUUCAGGAAGCAGUCAAGGGUAAUGUGAAAUCCAGUCCCUGUACUAGAUGUUGCUAAGUCAUGGGCUUAAGCCUUUACAAGAGAUCUACAGCUACUAUGGUUUGAAAUAGUUGUAAAAAUUCUGAUCUGUGAUAAAUACACAGGACUGAGUACUGCAGCAAAGUACUGCAGAGGAGGAUUUGGCUCCUAAACCCAAGCUGUUACCUGGCAUCCAAGUCACAGGGAGCAGUCUCCACUUAACAUUCAUACUCUAUCCCAUCAAAUAUUUUUAAUAUGCUAAGGCUCAAAUUCAAACUAAGCUUAAGUUGUCUAAAAAGGCAUUCCGGCAACAUUUAGUAGAUUUAACUGUUAUUUAUUAAAUGAAAUUUAAAAAAAGGAUUGAUCUUGCAGAACAAACAGCAUUCAUGUGUUUAACUGCAUUGGGUUUUUUUUAAUAAACUGAAAUUGAGUAAUACUUUAUAAUCUUGCCACCAUCAGGUCCUUGUACAUUCAUUUUUUGUCAACCUGGAUUAUAAAAGCUUCAUAAUUUUGCUUCAUAUCCUAAGAAAAGACAACCAACAUUUAUGUGUUAACAAUCAAAUCUGAAUAGAAAGUGUACAAUUUCCAAGGCAUCAUUAGCACAUGUACUGAUUUAUGUAAACUAUUUCAAAGAUAAAUAAAAUGCUUUUGUUUCA